UUUUUAGUUAGUAAGUUCCUUCAUGUCGGAGUCGGAGGAGUUUCGCAUGGACCAACAAGUUUAAUUGGACAAACACGAUGGAUUACCGACUCACUCGCGUUUCUUACUUAGUUUUGUAUUUAUUUACUAAUGUAUUUAUUGAAAGCCAGUCGAAAGAACAUGUGCUGCUUGACAUGAAGGCUGCCGGGAGCGAAUUAGGUUGGUUAACCUGGCCUAAAGAAGAGGGGUGGGAGGUUGUGCAGACGGUGGUGAACGGCUCUCUUCUGUACACCUACAGUGUGUGCAAUGUUGCCAGUGACACCGAACAAGACAACUGGCUUCGUACAACCUUCAUCCAGCGCAGACCAGACGUCUCCCGCAUGUCAGUAGAGCUGAGCUUCAUCGUCCGCGACUGCAGCACGUUUGGAGGCUCAUCGCCCUCCUGUCGUGAGACUUUUGGCCUCUUCCUGGGUGAAACCGACACAGAUGUUGGCACGAAUUUCCGCAAGAGCCAGUUUCGAAAGGUAGCCACUGUAGCACCAGACGAAGUGACAGCUGAUCGUGGAAGAGGCCGAGCUGAUCUGCGGGUGAACGUGGAGACGCGGAGCAUCGGGACACUCUCCAGAAGGGGCUUCUACCUUGCCUUCCAGGAUUUAGGAGGCUGUGUGGCUCUCCUGGGGAUGAGGGUGUUCUACACCACCUGUCCGGCCACCAUGAGAAGCCUGGCCGCCUUCCCUGAGCAGGUGGCAUUGGGAGCGGAGGUGGAGGGUACCUGUGUGAAGGACGCAGUGGUGCUUGGAGAAGCGGCUCCUCGGAUGUACUGCACCGCUGAGGGAGACUGGGUCGUUCCUGUGGGCCAAUGCGUUUGCAGAGCGGGAUACCAGGCUGUUGGAGACUCUUGCAAAGCUUGUGAACCGGGUUUCUACAAGAGCACUGAUUCCAGCCAGCCAUGUGAAGUGUGUCCAGAAAACACCCAGCGUUCGGGACGGGGAGCGCUGUUGUGCCCCUGCAUGGAAGGUUUCUACCGGGCUCCCACAGACCCAAACUCUGCUCCUUGCUCUUCUCUUCCUAGCCCACCCCGAGACCUGGUUUACACUCCUCUCCUGACAGCAGGAAGUUUGCAGCUGCUUUGGCGCCCACCGGCAGACACUGGUGGUCGGAGUGACAUCACAUACAGUGUGGCAUGCGAGCGCUGUGAGGGUGGUCUGUGUUCGCUGUGUGGCGGAAGGGUGCGAUUCGAGCCUGCGCAGACAGCCUUGAGAGCCCCCGAGGUCGUGGUUAGCGAGCUGGAACCUCAUGUGAACUACACUUUUACAGUCGAGGCCCAAAAUGGCGUCUCCCAGUUCAGUCGAAAGAGAGCCAUGGCUAGCAUCACAACAGUGCUUCACUUCACAGAUGGCCCGAGGGUGCUGUACUUGAGAGUUGAAGAUCGGACCACCAGCAGUCUGACUUUGUCCUGGGUCGUGGACCAUCAUGUGCAGAAUCAACCCUCCCCUCGCUAUGAGCUCAUGUACCGCAAGAAGGAGGAUCCCGGAGAGCUGGAUGUUACCACCUACACCGUCCUGGUUCUGGAGAAGAACUCGGUGCCGAUUAAUGACCUCUUACCAGGAACAAAGUAUGUGUUUCGUGUUCACACCCUGACAGCAGAAGGCCAUCCCAGCAGCCAUAGCGCGGAGCUUGAAUUUGAGACGCUGCCUCUCGCAGAAUCUCGGACACAGAACAGUUCCAUGGUUGUCAUGGGAGCCAUCGCCGGGGGCGGAGUCAUGCUGCUGAUUGUGGUGGUUAUUUUGCUUCUGCACAAAAGGAGGCUGAAUUCCCACGUCAGACGGAGGGUUGACGGAGAUUACUUUUCAUGUCCAGAGAAACUCCUUCCGUUGAAGACCUACAUCGAUCCCCAUACAUAUGAAGACCCCUGUGCGGCCAUCCUCAAGUUUGCCAGUGAGAUUCACCCUGGUCACAUCACCAAGCAGAAAGUGAUUGGUGCAGGAGAGUUUGGGGAAGUAUUUCGUGGCUCUCUGAAGAUGCCUGGCCGCGGUGAGGUUGCAGUAGCCAUAAAGACGCUGAAGCCAGGCUAUACGGAAAAGCAGAGGCAAGACUUCCUCAGCGAGGCCAGCAUCAUGGGCCAGUUUUCCCACAAGAACAUUAUCCGUCUGGAAGGUGUCGUCACCAAAUUCAAAGAUGCUAUGAUUAUCACUGAGUACAUGGAGAAUGGAGCCCUGGACCAGUAUUUAAGGGAUCAUGAUGGGGAUUUUUCCUCAUACCAGCUUGUGGGGAUGUUGAACGGCAUUUCAGCAGGAAUGAAGUAUCUCUCAGACAUGAACUACGUCCAUCGGGACUUAGCAGCUCGCAAUGUUCUGGUCAACAGCAACUUGGAGUGUAAAGUGUCCGAUUUCGGCUUGUCUCGAGUGCUGGAGGACUUUCCUGAGGGAACCUACACCACGACUGGGGGAAAGAUUCCUAUUCGCUGGACUGCACCGGAGGCAAUAGCUUACAGGAAGUUCACUUCAGCCAGUGAUGUGUGGAGCUUCGGCAUAGUCAUGUGGGAAGUGUUAUCAUUUGGAGAAAGACCCUACUGGGACAUGAGCAACCAAGAGGUGAUGAAAUCCAUAAAUGACGGCUACAGGUUGCCGGCACCGAUGGGCUGCCCAUCAGCAGUUAAUCAGCUUAUGCUUCAGUGCUGGAUGCAGGACCGCUCCACUCGACCACGCUUUGUUGAUAUCGUCAACCUCCUGGAGAAGCUGCUGCGCAACCCAGAGUCACUCUCAACCAUUGCCAGCAUCGACCCACGUGUCUCCAUUCGUCUACCCAGCACUAGUGGUUGUGAUGGCGCUCCCUUCAGGUCAGUGGACGAAUGGCUGGAAUCCAUUAAAAUGGCCCAGUACAGAGAAACCUUCGCCCUCGCUGGCAUUAAAACUAUCGACCAGGUGUUGCGCUUGAAAAUUGAGGACAUCAGGAAUAUUGGUGUUCAGCUGGUAGGUCAUCAGAAGAGAAUAGCAUACAGCAUUUUGGGCCUGCAAGACCCAGUGGGGGCCUUGGAUUUGUUUGCAAUGUGAUAAUAUGGCCGACUGAAGCAACACUGUUCUGAAUGGACUUAAAAAAAACUGGUUGAAUAAGAACCAGAAUGCCCUUUUCAAUCAAACGGACUCCUCUCGGGGAAUAUAAACACUUUACUGUUAGUUUGUUUAUGUAUUUUAUAUCCUAUUUUUCCACAUGUCAGAUGGACCCUUAUGCUCUUUGCCGUUCUGUUUUGAACGUAAGCCAUAUUAAGCACACGUAUGAUGGUCUGCUUUGGAAUGCUAUAACUACUGUCUCAGGUCUGAUGAUUAGGGUACUAUCUAGUCUACGGUAGUAACCUUGGAUAUUACUGUGGUGCCCUUAUAGUGAACAGAGCUGCCCGAAUAUGAGGGGUUGAAGUCUGAUUUAAGUUUGUACAACUGAAAUUGUAAAAAAGUUUGUAGAAAACCUAAUAAUUUUUUUUUUGUCAAAUUGUUGACCUGCAUCCUUCUGUUUCAAAAGGAUGUUUUAAAUGUCUUAUUUCAGCUCUUUUUAUUUAAUAUUUAUUUUUUAUUUAUUGU